AUGACAAAAAUAUUGUCCAUUGCUGGAACAAUAACAUAUGCUAGUUAUGAUUUAUUAACUUGCUAUUUGAAAUCAUUAUCAAGUGGAGAAUAUUCAACAUAUUAUCAUUAUGACCAAACGUUUGAUUUGAAAUGUACAUUAAAUCUUAUAAUAUCAAUGAUUAAUAAAGAUGUUCGUAUACAGUUGAAUGCUAUUGAACGAUUACCACCUAGUCUUAAUAAAAUACAGAGAGCGGUUGAUUUCUGGAAAAUUAUUAAAGAAAAUAAUCCAAUCUAUUCCAAUAUAUUAAAUUUGAUAAACAACUUCAGUGGAUCAUCUACUUUUAAUGAUUUCACAAGUGAAGUAAAAGAACUUUAUAAUGAACGAAAAAAUAUAAAGAUAUAGUUUAUCAAUUCUAUGUUGUCAUUAAUUAAGAUCGUGUAGAUGGCUAUUUAUAUAUAUUUUUUUCUUUCUUUGUAUGUUUUUGUUCUUUGUUGUAAACACUUUAUUUUAAUAUACAUGUGAAAAUUCUAGCUCAAAGCAAAAAAACAAAGUUCUUUCAUUUGUUUACAGUGCACUUUUUGUUUUAUCGUUUUCAGUCUAAAAGAUUUGAUGAUUUCUUCAUACAUGAAUAACAUGCUGUCUUCUAUCAAUCAACAUGUUGAAUGUCAACAUUUCAUUGAAUAGUUUUUUGACUACAGAAAUAAUUUUUUGUAAAAAUACUUUUGUUUUUGAAAGUUAUCGACAAACUUAACUAUAGUGUUCGAUAUUCAUCGUAUGACUUGCUAAGUCGGCGUCACUUAGUCUAACUUUGUUUAUGCUAUCAUCUUUGAAAUUCUUGGAUGACAUUAAGUAGUUUUUAUCCUAUCAGCACAUUGAAAAGACAGUUUUUAGAAACUUAUUUUAAUAUUCAUAUCUCUCAUUGUUUUCAAUGUCUAGCGAGAUAAAAUAAAACCAUUUCUUCCAUGUUUAUCGAAUGUUUAAAAGCAACCAGAGCAUUAUAUACAGCUUCGUGUACGUCAAGUUUAGUUAUGGUCCGUUUCCGUGAAUAAUAAAUACAAUGCACUUCAGUGCAGAUGACAUCUCUCUCUUGCAUCAUUUAUUACACUAGGUACUUUUUCGCCUUUAUCAUGAUCACCAAUACCAAUUAAAAGUGCUAACUUACAUCGUAUACUAUUUGUAGGAUGUGGGUGGGUGUGGGUAUGUGCAUGGUUUCAAGAUCAACCAACAGUGUCACAUAUCCUGCAAUUUGGAGAAGUGCUCACAUCUCUGUCGGGAGAUGCUGCAUUUUCAGCAGGAGAUGCAGCAUCCAAUGUGGGGGAUGCACAUCUCUCAAUGAGAUGAUACAUCUCCAACAGCAAAUCACCGCAUCUCCCGAGU